CCUGAAUACGGAACUGGAGCAGCAGCUCAAGAGUUUUUUGUUCUCAAGUGGCAGCAGCCAGAGGAGGAAGUCGAGUGUGGACGUGAGGAGCCGGGAACUUAGAGCAGAGACUCACGCUAGAGGAGAUGUGGAAAUCUGUAGUGGGACAUGAUGUAUCUGUUUCCGUGGAAACCCAGGGUGAUGACUGGGACACAGAUCCUGACUUUGUGAAUGACAUCUCUGAGAAGGAGCAACGAUGGGGAGCCAAGACCAUCGAGGGCUCGGGACGCACAGAGCACAUCAACAUCCACCAGCUGAGGAGCAAGGUGUCAGAAGAGCAUGAUGUUCUCAAGAAGAAAGAGAUGGAAUCAGGGCCCAAAGCAUCCCAUGGCUAUGGAGGUCGGUUUGGAGUAGAAAGAGACCGAAUGGACAAGAGUGCGGUGGGCCAUGAGUAUGUUGCGGAUGUGGAGAAACACUCUUCUCAGACCGAUGCUGCCAAAGGCUUUGGGGGCAAAUACGGAGUUGAGAGAGACAGGGCAGACAAGUCAGCAGUUGGAUUUGAUUACAAAGGAGAAGUGGAGAAGCACACAUCUCAGAAAGAUUACUCUCGUGGCUUUGGUGGCCGUUACGGGGUGGAAAAGGACAAACGGGACAAGGCAGCUCUGGGAUACGACUACAAAGGAGAGACGGAGAAACACGAGUCCCAGAGAGAUUAUGCCAAGGGCUUUGGCGGCCAGUAUGGAAUCCAGAAGGACCGAGUAGAUAAGAGUGCUGUUGGCUUCAAUGAAAUGGAGGCCCCAACCACAGCUUACAAGAAGACAACACCUGUAGAAGCUGCUUCUAGUGGUGCCCGUGGGUUGAAAGCAAAAUUUGAGUCCAUGGCUGAGGAGAAGAGGAAGCGGGAGGAGGAGGAGAAGGCACAGCAAAUGGCCAGGCAGCAGCAGGAACGAAAGCCUGUAAAGGUGAGCCGUGAGGCUCAGCAGCCUGAAGUGACUGUGGAAGAGCCUGAGGCGCCAGCCCCACUGCCCAAGAGAAUCUCAGAGGCCUGGCCUCCAGCAGAGAGUCAUCCAUCAUCAGUGCCUGAGCCUGUGAGAAUCAACAGGGAGCACCCAGGGCCCUCUCUGCCCAUGAGACAGACUCUCCCAGAGGACAAUGAAGAGCCCCCAGCUCUGCCCCCUAGGACUCUGGAAGGACUCCAGGUAGCGGAAGAGCCAGUGUACGAAGCAGAGCCAGUGUACGAAGAAGAGCCAGUGUAUGAAGCAGAGCCUGAACCCGAGCCUGAGAAUGACUAUGAGGAUGUUGGAGACCCAGACAGCCAUGAGCAGGAUAAUGAACCAGAUGGAGACUAUGAGGAUGUGCUUGAACCUGAGGAGUCUUCUUUUCCCUCCACCCAGUCUGGAUCAUCAGACCACCCAACUGGGGCUGGGGCUAUGGGGAUCUCAGCUGUAGCCCUGUAUGAUUACCAAGGAGAAGGAAGUGAUGAGAUUUCCUUUGAUCCAGAUGAUGUCAUCACUGACAUUGAGAUGGUGGAUGAGGGCUGGUGGCGGGGACGUUGCCAUGGCCACUUUGGACUCUUCCCUGCAAAUUAUGUCAAGCUCCUCCAGUGACUGGCCCCCAUUGUCUUCUGCAACAGUGAUUUCCCAUGUCUGAAGUGACUCUGAUGGUGCCUCC